AAAAAGUUACCAGGAGAAAAAUAUGAUUUUUCACUAAGUUUUUACUCCAUGUCUCAUAUGAUAACACCAAAGGAUAGCAAUAUCAAGUCUUCAGAAAUUGAUCAAACCAACCAAAUAAACAAUGUUGAUUUGAGCGAAAAUAAGAAUCAUAAUACCAAUGAUAAUGUUAAUGUUAAUGUUAAUGUUAAUGUUAAUGUUAAUGAUAAUGAUAAUAAUAAUGAUAAUGAUAAUAAUAAUGAUAAUGAUGAUAAUAAUGAUAAUAGUAAUAAUGAGAAAAACAAAAUUCAAAAUAAAAACAAUAUAAAAAAUAAGAUUAAAAUUGUGAAUAAUCAAGAAAAUAUUUCCAAAUUGGGUGAUUGGGAAGAAAUUCAUAAUGUUGAUAAUAAAAAUACAAAAGUCGAUAAUUUGAAUGAAAUUUGUGGUAUUAUUGAUGUUAAUAAUAAUGUAAACAACAUGGCAAAUAAUUUUAGUUAUAAUAAAAAAGAUGGAAAAUAUAAAAAUGAAUUCAAUGUCUUAAAUGGAAUAGAUCAGAAUAAGGGCAAUAAUACUACGAAUCUUCCAAAGGAAUUUGCUAGAAAUUUUGAUAACAGCUAUAGCAAUGAUAAUGAUAUUGGAAAUAGUAAUAAUAAUUUUAAUAAUAAUGAUGUCAAUACUAAUGUUAGUGUUAAUAUUAAUACCAAUGCUAAUGCCAAUGCCAAUACUAAUAAUAGUAUUAAUCAAAAUCCAAUUGAAAAUAAUAAUAUAAAUCCAGUAAUGAGUGGACCAUUGAAUAGUGGCAGAAAUAACCGAAAUAAUAACAUAAUUUUAAACAGUGCAAACAACCAGCAGAAUAAUAGUAAUAGUAAUAGCAAUAAUAAUAAUAAUAACUAUAGAAAUUUAAACGAUGGAUUUAGUUUAUCUUCGGCAUCAUUAAAUAAUGGUGUUAGUAGUAAUGGUAAUAACAAUGGAAUGAUAUCAAAUAACAAUAGUUUAGCUAGAAACGCGAAUAAUUAUGGAAAUUCCAAUGGAAAUUCUAAUAGAAAUAAUUAUAGAAAUAAUAAUGAGAAUAAUUACGGGAACAAUUAUGGGCAUAAUUUUGGAAAUACAAAUGAAAAUAAUAAUGAAAAUAGCAAUAUUAAUUUUUAUUUUGAUAGAUUUUUGUUUAAACGAAAUGAGCCACAAGCAGUUGAUUUGAUGUAUUAUAGUAGUGAGUAUCAAGAUCUGCCGGAUAAGAUGAGUAUGUUUGAUAAUGGUAAUGUUAAUAACAGUAAUAAUAAUAAUAAUAGUAAUAGUAAUAGUAAUAGUAAUAGUAAUAGUAAUAGUAAUAGUAAUAGUAAUAGUAAUAGUAAUUUAUUGAGUUUCAAUUCCAGAGGAGUUUCAAAUUAUUCAAAUAACAGUAACAAUAGUAAUGGUAAUAGUAACGGCGAUAGUGGUGAUAAUGGUAUGGGGAGUUUUAACAGUAAUAAUAACUCUAGUCCAAAUAGUAAUUUGAAUUCAUAUUCAGUUUAUAUGACACCUGAUAAUCCAAAUGGGAAUCAGAAUUUGAAUCAAAAAAAUAAUGUUAAUAAUAAUAGUAAUAAUAAUUUAAAUGGAAAUGGGAGUAAUAGUAAUGGAAACAAUACAGUUGAAUCAUGCAGAAUGUAUAAUUCAUUAUCUGAGAGUAUUAAUUAUAAUGAAAUUGAGCCGGAGAUUACGUUAAAUCAUGAGAUGAUUGAUUCGUUUUUCCAAACAGCAAAUGAUACGUUGUUUAAUAUAUCAAAUAAUUUUGGAAAUUCCAGUUUUAUACCCAACUAUGUUAAUAAUAGCUAUAGCAGUAAUACUAAUAACAAUCAAAAUAAUAACAUUAAUCAAAAUAGCAAUAGCGGUAAUAAUAAUAAUAAUAAUAAUAAUAAUAAUAAUAAUAAUAAUAAUAAUAAUAAUAAUAAUAGGUAUGGUCAACAAAAUUUCAACAACCGGUUUAAUAAUUAUGGGAAUAUGAAUUUUGCAAAUGAUAAUACUAAUAGUAAUACUACUAAUAAUAAUAGUAGUAGCACUAGUAUUAGUAAUAUGAAUUAUAAUAAUGACAUUCCUAUGAACUACAAUAACCAAAUGAACAACGUAAAUAAUGUUAAUGGUAAUACCAAUCACAAUUAUAGCAAUAAUAGCAAUUAUAGUAAUAGUAAUAGUAAUAGUAAUAGUAAUAAUGGCAAUAAUGGUAAUAAUAAUGGUAAUAAUAAUGGUAAUUAUAAUGACAAUCAAAAUAUGAAUAUGAGAAUGAGUAAUGGAAAUAACGAUAAUGAGUAUAUUAAUCAAUUAUUGAGUGAAUUUUCAAUUAAUACCAAUGAUAUGAUGAAGUAUAACGAGCUUGAAGAGCUACAAAAGAAGAUGUUUUAGGUGGCAAAGAUAACAAACAACACAGUCGUUUAAAAAGGAUGGUGAUGUUUAUUACAUUUAUUUGAUAGGAAAGGCGAAAUAUUUUUUUGCUUAAGGAAAUUUAGGGGAUGUCGUUUGUAGAGCUGAAAUAGUUUUUUAGUGGAUGGAUUUUUAUAUGUUUUAGAACCGAGCAUUUGUUAGAUCGAAACUGGA